UGAAUUUGGCGCGAGACGCUGAGCGAACUUGGUGAUGGAACGUCAGAGACACGCCCCCAGCUUCUCCUACCAUGUGGUUGAUAUAAACACAGUUCACUUUCGUGAUAAGCUUUUUGGCUUCAACAUUUUCUUAACUGUGCGCUCAUUAACAGCUGUCAGCAUGUCUGUGUCCGUCGACGUGAAUUUUCAAACCCAGAUUGUGUCUGUUUUGGAUUCACUUACAAAGGUGGCCGUCGUGGAAAUAACGAAACUGUUCGAGUGUCACUUCCUUGCUAAAGGAACCACCGUUCUCAUUGAAGGGCGGACAGAGCAAAAUGAAAUCCUGCAAACGGUGGACUCUGUCAAAAAGUCAGGCAAGAAAUGUCUUCGCAGUAUCGGAGUUCAAGUGGAUGAGGAGUUAACUGCCCCAAAACAGUGCUCUGUCUCAAAGGCGAGCAGUGAGGAGGGUCCUGCACAUCAUAUCACCCUGUUGGAGGCUAAUCAGCCUGCUGACCUAAAGUGCUAUGUUCUAGAACACAAGGAUGUGGAGAUGGUGAAGGGGAGCAGUCUGGAACCAGAAUCCCCAACAACCACUGAGCCAGAAGGAGAACAAGUUAUCUAUUCCACCCCUAAGUAUCCAAACCACCUCUCUGGUACUGUUCAAAGCUCCCCAACUAAGCAGAAACUCCAGCCCCUCGAGACAGAAUCAGAGAAUGGAAUGAACACAGAAUGGGUGACUAAAGUCAUCUGUCAAAUGGUCCCAAAGGCAGAAGAGCAGUAUUCAACACCACAGGCAAAUUGUAAAGAAAAGCCUAUCCAGGUGGAGCCCCAAGAGGCCAGUGUCAGCACCGCAAAGGAGACAGCCUUUUGCCCGUCCACCUCAGAUGGGGCUUUGGCUCCUGAACAGGCUAAGAGAAAGUUGAUAUCUAUGGGUGCAUUGGACCCUCCCUCUGCAGUGAAGAAUAAAAAGGUGGACUUCAAGCUGGACCAGAUGAUGAAGAAGGUGGAUUUCAAGCUGGACCAGACCUCCCUGGAGCACAAAUUGACGAGGGCCUGCUCGGUGCUGCUGGUGAACCUGCUUUUGGUGCCUGGAGGGAAGAAGGCUAAUGGGAGCUACUGUCACAACAGCAAGAGGUUCCCCAUGCCCAAGGACCUCAAGACCCACCAGGGCCUCCACACAGGCCGGCGCCUUUGCUGCUUCACUCAGUGUGGGAACGAUGUCUGGCGGCUUCAAAGUGUCCUCUCCCCGAGCCACUCCUACGGUUGCAAGAUCUGCGGGAAGAGUUUCAAACGCAGGAAGAUCUUGAGGAGGCACGAGUGCUUCCACAACGGGGAGAAGCCCUAUUCAUGCUACCAGUGCUCAAAGAUGUUCGCCCUGCGGAAAAGCCUUCGCAGGCAUGAGAGGUUCCACACGGGGGACAAGCCUCACAGCUGCCUCCAGUGUGGGAAAAGCUUCCGGCUUAGGGACAAUCUGAAGGCUCACCUGCGCUUUCACACAGGUGAGAGACCUUUCACCUGCUCCUUCUGCUCCAAGAGCUUCAGAAUCCUCAGGAACCUUGAGGAACACAGCGUUGAUCACUUGGGAGUGACAGCGAAGUAGCUCACUUUCCUACAAAGAGAGCUGUUCCUAAGCAUUAGCACCUAGCAGCCUUUAUCGGCUGGUUGUGUAAGCCGCAUUACAAAGCUUAUCUACCUCUAACUGAAACUACUAAAUGUCCAUUCCUCAUUUAUAACUUAUUGUUCAGCAUUGGUUGUUUUUGAAUGAUUUUUGAAUGUUUUUCCAGGCACCGAUUUAUGCCUAGUUCUAAACCAAAAAGUUAUUGCAAUGGAGAUUUUCUAUCGAGCAUCAUGGACUAGGCUUAAUCUGGGUCUGGAAAACUGGCCCCUAGGUCUUUAAACUAUUUCUUUGGCCAAAACACUAUGGACAUGGAACUGUUGAAUGUCUCUUUGAAGAAUACAUAGCGUUGUACAUUGGCCAGGGCUGAGAUUAGUGUGAGGUCUUUCUCAGACAAUCUGUUUUCAUGAUACAUCUUUUCACUUUGUAGUAAAUACAAACAGAUUGUUCUUUUGUGUAUUUUGGUUUGCAAGUAGUUGUAAAGGUAGGCUUAAAUUGUUUGUUUUAUACUUUUAUCUUGAACCAUUAUGCCAAAUACUAUAGUAAUGCAGCAACUGUCUCUCCUUAUCUUUGUUCAUAGUGCUGUUUUUGUCAGGAAAACACCAUCCUUAAACUUCCCUGACGUCUACACAGGAAAAAGUAUCUAAAGACACAUGACUUAGUUUAAAAUUAAAAGAAUGGGAAGUAUGAUGCAGCCUUUAAUUUUGCAAAUACUGUAGAAGUUAUUUAAUAUUUUUUUGAUUGAAGCUGAUGUCUGAAUUGUGAUUUGCUGUAGAUAUAUCAAAUAUGACUACAUGGCUUUUUUUAAAAUCCAAAAUUGGGGGGGAGAAUGUUCAUCCAUUUUAGAAUAAGGCUGAAACAUAACAUGUGGAAAAGUCCAGGGGUCUGAACUUUCCUAAUGCACUGUAAUUCCCUGCGUUUGCGUGAAAAGGUCUGUUUUAUGGUAUGCACUGUGGUUGGCCCUUUUGUCUGGCAAUAAAAAAACACCACUUGUA